GAUGCGGCUGGUGUGUACACGGGUCGGGGGGGGGGGCGCAUUUGUCGGGCCUGGGAGAAUUACGGAAGGGCUAGGAGGUGUUCGAGGGACACACGGCGGGCUGGGAUGCGCCGAGCCGGGCAGCCAGGCCAGUCCUGAGAUGUCCUGGAGGCGUGGAGUGUCUGAUUCGGGUGACGGGAGAUCGGGGGUGGCUUUGAUGUGACCGCGAGCGUGCAGGCUGUGCCUGGGGAGGAUGCGAAUGCAUUCCGGGGACAGAUGAACGUGUGGAGAAAAAUUCUAAGGAGCGUGCUGGAAAUUCGGCCCGCUGCAGACGUACGUGCCCUUCGGAAAGUAUUCCAACGAAACGAAAAAUGCUUACAGGUUCUGCAUUCCCCUGGGGCGGUAGGGACAGAGCGGCAGUCCACAGCGGCCUGGGAGGGGCUGGGGGGCCGUCUACGCUCACCUGGCGCAUCGCUUUGCAAAGUCUUUCAGCCUUGGGCUGCAGGGAGAAGUAGGUUUUCCAUUGAGACAAAGUAUACACUGACGUGUGUUUAGGUACUCCAGUGCCCGGAAGUUGGUAUUUGCACUUGCUACUUGGGGUGCUGUGGACAGUUUUCUGUUAUGUUUUAUGUCCUUUUUGUAACAAGCUGUUUUGGAAGCACCGAACAGCUGUCCGAGUCUGUAGUCUGAAAACCCUUGACCUGGAGGGACCAGCAGUGGCCACAGCCUUGCUCUGUUCCAAGAUCUGAGGAGCCGGGGGUGCACCUGCAAAGUCCCGGGGCCUCUCAGUGAGCAAAGGAGCAUCUGUGUCCCCCGCAGAGGGUCUGGGCCCUGCAGCUCGGUCCCCCGCAGAGGGUCUGGGCCCUGCCGCCCGGUCCCCCGCAGAGGGUCUGGGCCCUGCCGCCCGGUCCCCCGUAGAGGGUCUGGGCCCUGCAGCUCGGUCCCCCGCAGAGGGUCUGGGCCCUGCAGCUCGGUCCCCCGUAGAGGGUCUGGGCCCUGCAGCUCGGUCCCCCGCAGAGGGUCUGGGCUUGCCAGCUCUGUGAUCCGUAGGUCUCGAUUGAGCCUCUGGUGGGUGACAGUCGCUGUCGUGGGUGGUGUGUGCCUCCCGGGAGGUGCUGGCGAGCAGGGCCGGGGCUGGGAGCUGUCUGGGGGCCGCGCCCUGCGGUAUUGAGUGCUGGUGAGAGAGGCUGGGGUGUGUUGGAGUCUCAUGGCAUUAGGGAAGUGGCCGCAGGCUUCCCAAGAGCGCGGAGGAUGAGGUGGGAGCCACGGCACAGGUGGAUAUAUCUGUGGAGGUGGGGCGCAGGCGUGCACAGCUGGGCAGGAGGGAGACGGGUGUAGGAGGAGCCUGGGCCGCAGGGCUGCGGGUGUGAUGAGCGCUGCUGGUACUGAGCCCUUGGGAUGUGCCGGGUGUGGGACGAAAGGCAGCCUUGUUUCUGUCCCGAUGGCCGUGCCGUGAGCCCGGGCUUCUGUUGGCCCAUUUUCAGCAGGUGACCAUGGAGGAAGAGGAUGAGUCUCGAGGGAAGACGGAAGAGUCGGGCGAGGAGCGGGGCGAGGGUCCGCCAGACAGGGACCCCGCACUUUCUCCUUCUGCCUUUAUCCUGCGGGCCGUCCAGCAGGCUGUGGGGAGCUCCCUGCAGGGGGAUCUGCCCAGCGACAAAGAUGGCUCCCGCUGCCAUGGCCUUCGAUGGAGGCGCUGCCGGAGCCCACGGUCAGAGCCACACCCCCAGGAGUCGGGGGGCACCGACACAGCUACUGUGCUGGACGUGGCCGCGGACAGCCUCCUCAUGGGGCUGGUGAGCGUCCUGGACCCCCCGGACACCUGGGUCCCCAGCAGUCUGGAUCUGCGGCCCGGCGAAAGCGAGGACAUGCUGGAGCUGGUGGCCGAGGUCCGCAUUGGGGACAGGGACCCCAUCCCGCUGCCCGUGCCCAGCCUGCUGCCCCGUCUCAGGGCCUGGAGGAUGGGCAAAACGGUCUCUCCACAGUCUCACUCUUCCCGGCCCGCCUGUGCCCGCCACCUCCUCACCUUCGGCACAGGAGAUGGGGGCCCUGCCCCGCCCCCUGCUCCCUCCUCUGCGUCCUCCUCACCCUCCCCUUCGCCCUCCUCCUCCUCCCCUUCUCCUCCUCCUCCACCACCACCCCCUGCCCCCCCAGGCCCCCCGGCCCCCCGCUUCGACAUCUAUGACCCCUUCCACCCCACCGAUGAGGCCUACUCCCCACCGCCGGCUCCGGAGCAGAAGUACGACCCCUUCGAGCCCACUGGUUCCAACCCCAGCUCGUCAGCGGGGACCCCCUCACCGGAGGAGGAGGAGGAGGAGGAAGAGGAGGAGGAGGAGGAGGAAGAGGAAGAGGAGGAGGAGGAAGGCCUGUCACAGAGUAUCAGUCGCAUCUCGGAGACCCUGGCGGGCAUCUACGAUGACAACAGCCUGAGCCAGGACUUCCCGGGGGACGAGAGCCCCCGCCCGGACCCGCAGCCCCCACAGCCGGCCGCAGCCCCUGGAACACCGCCCCAGGCGGACUCCACGCGGGCCGAGGGCGCCCCCCGCCGGCGCGUCUUCGUCGUGGGGCCUGAGGCGGAGGCGUGUCGGGAAGGCAAGGUCUCCGUGGAGGUGGUGACGGCCGGGGGAGCCGUUCUGCCGCCGCCCCUGCUGCCGCCCGCUGACUCGGAGAUCGAGGAGGGGGAGAUCGUGCAGCCGGAGGACGAGCCCAGGGUGGCGCUCACCCUCUUUCGGGCCAGCGGCCGAGCUGCCCGGCCAGCCCCCUCCUCCGCCACCCCUGUGGCCGCGCCCCUGCCGCAGCCUCCUGCCCCGCGGGCGCCCGAGGGGGACGACUUCUUGUCGCUGCACGCGGAAUCGGACGGCGAAGGGGCGCUGCAGGUGGACCUAGGGGAGCCGGCCCCCGCACCGCCGGCCGCUGACUCCCGCUGGGGCGGCCUGGACCUGCGCCGCAAGAUCCUGACCCAGCGCCGGGAGCGGUACCGCCAGCGCUCGCCCUCCCCGGCCAUGGCCACGGCCACCGCCGCCGCCUCCACGGGCCCGCCCACACGCAAGAAAUCCAGACGGGAGCGGAAGCGGAGCGGGGGCGAGACCAAGGAGGCCGCCUCGUCGUCCUCCGGCGCCCAGCCCGCCCCGGCCGCCCCGGCUUCCCCCUGGGACUCCAAGAAGCACCGCUCCCGAGACCACAAGCCCAGCUCCCACGCCUCGUCCGCCCGCCGCCGCUCCCGCUCCCGCUCCACCCGCCGCCGCUCGCGCAGCACCGAGCGCCGCCGCGGGAGCAGCCGCAGGUCGCGGUCCCGGGAGAAGCGGCGGCGGCGGCGGCGCUCUGCCUCCCCGCCCCCGGCCACGUCCUCGUCCUCAUCCUCGCGGCGCGAGCGGCACCGCGGCAAGCACCGGGACGGCAGCAGCAAGAAGAAGAAGAAGCGGUCGCGGUCCCGGAGCGAGAAGCGGCCCGGGGACGGGAGCGAGAAGGGCCCUGGCGCGGCGCAGCAGGCCUCGGGCUCCGGCGAGCGGGAUAGCCGCCGGCGCGGGGCCGUGCCGCCCUCCAUCCAGGACCUCACCGACCACGACCUCUUCGCCAUCAAGCGGACCAUCACGGUGGGCCGGCUGGACAAGGCCGAGCCCCGCGGGCCCUCCCCGGCCCCCGCCGCCUCCCCCAAGCGUGAGGUCCUCUAUGACUCGGAGGGCCUGAGUGGCGACGAGCACGCCGGCAAGAGCAGCGAGAAGGACCGGCGCCGCUCCGGGGCCACCGCCGCGUCCUCCAGAGAGAAGGGGGCUCGCCGGAAGGCGCUGGACGGGGGGGACCGGGACCGGUUGUCCAAGAAGACCAGGCCCCCCAAGGAGUCGGCCCCUUCCUCGGGGCCCCCGCCAAAGCCCCCGGCCAGCAGCGGCUCGGGCUCGUCGUCGUCGUCGUCCUGCUCCUCGCGGAAGGUGAAGCUGCAGUCCAAGGUGGCGGUGCUGAUCCGGGAAGGCGUCAGCAGCACCACCCCGGCCAAGGAUGCCGCGUCUGCCGGCCUGGGCUCCAUCGGGGUCAAGUUCAGCCGUGACCGGGAGAGCCGCUCGCCCUUCCUGAAGCCCGACGAGCGGGCCCCCGCGGAGGUGGCCAAAGUCGCUCCGGGCAGCACCAAGCCCAAAAAGACCAAGGUCAAGGCCAAGGCUGGGGCCAAGAAAGCCAAGGGGACCAAGGGAAAGACCAAGCCAUCCAAGACCAGGAAGAAGGUCCGCAGCGGGGGCGGCAGCGGAGGCCCCGUGUCCCUGAAGAAGUCCAAGGCGGACAGCUGUAGCCAGGCCGCAGGAGCCAAGGGUGCCGAGGAGACCUCCUGGUCAGGGGAGGAGCGGGCGUCCAAGGCCCCCAGCACCCCACCCCCCAAGGCAGCCCCUCCACCCCCUGCCCUCACUCCAGAUUCUCAGACUGUGGACAGCAGCUGCAAGACCCCCGAGGUGUCCUUCCUGCCCGAGGAGGCCGCUGAGGAGGCUGGAGGCAGAGGCGGGGCAGAGGAAGAAGAAGAGGAGGAGGAGGAGGAGGAAGAAGAGGAGGAGGAGCAGCAGCCGGCCACCACCACGGCCACCAGCACCGCCGCGGCUGCCCCGAGCACGGCGCCCAGCGCAGGGUCCACGGCCGGUGACUCAGGGGCGGAGGAUGGGCCGGCCGCCCGCGUCUCCCAGCUGCCCUCGCUGCCCCCGCCCCUGCCCUGGACCCUGCCGGCUGGUGUGGACUGCACCACCAGUGGCGUCCUGGCCUUGACUGCGCUCCUCUUCAAGAUGGAGGAAGCCAACCUGGCCAGCCGAGCCAAGGCCCAGGAGCUGAUCCAGGCCACCAACCAGAUCCUCAGCCACCGGAAGCCACCCUCAAACCUGGGGGUGACCCCAGCACCUGUGCCCGCCUCUCUGGGUCUGCCCCCUGGCCCUUCCAGCUACCUGCUUCCUGGCGGCCUCCCGCUGGGGGGCUGCGGCUCUACCCCCCCCACCCCCACUGGCCUGGCUGCUGCGUGUGAUAAGAGAGAGGGCAGCAGCAGCUCCGAGGGGCGUGGGGACACAGACAAGUAUCUGAAGAAGCUGCACACGCAGGAGCGGGCGGUGGAGGAGGUGAAGCUGGCCAUCAAGCCUUACUACCAGAAGAAGGACAUCACCAAGGACGAGUACAAGGACAUCCUGAGGAAGGCCGUCCACAAGAUCUGUCACAGCAAGAGUGGGGAGAUCAACCCGGUGAAGGUGAGCAACCUGGUGCGGGCCUACGUCCAGCGCUACCGCUACUUCCGCAAACACGGCCGCAAGCCAGGGGACCCCCCAGGGCCCCCCCGGCCACCCAAGGAGCCGGGGCCCCCGGACAAGGGUGGUCCAGGCUUGCCCCUGCCCCCUCUCUGAGCCCUGCCCCCCAGCCCCAGCCUCUUGGAAAUUCUGGACAUAUUUAUGGCUCUGCCUCCCCGCUUCCCUCCCCCUCAGUGGGAUGAUGGGGGAAGGCCGCUGCGGGAGACCGGAGAGCCCCCUGCCCUGCCCCCCAGCCUGGUGCCCAUGCCCCCACCCACGCCUGCCCCCACGCCCUUGCCCCCGUUUGUGCCCCUGCCCUGAUUUCAUUAAAGAUUUCAUGAAAUGU